AUGACCAGUUUCGAAGCUCAGAUCCGAUUCGCGCGUUUCGCUCGAGCCUACGCCGUGUUUCGGGAACUGAGCGUGAAGCAGGAGGAGGUGCUUCGGCUGUCGACGCAAGAGCAUCCAGAUCUGGAUCUGGAUGCUACAGCUAGCACCUACGCCUUCUGUGACGGCCAGGAGGUCACCUUCAGCACUGAGGCUCUGGAAGAGCAGGCGUCUGCCACCUUCGUGGUGGCAAAGGAUCCACCUCCGGCCUCGCCAAGCCAGGAUGCAAAGAAGCGCCCCGCCUGCCCAUCCUCACAGGUCAGCGUCGCAGCGAAAAACACGCAGACGUCGAAGCUGGAAUCACAGUCACUGGUUGCCGCAUCCCAGGCGAAGCCUAAGGCCAAGGCCAAAGCAAAAGCCAAGGCUAAGGCUAAGGCCAAGGCCAAGGCCAAGGCCAAGGCCAAGGCCAAGGCCAAGGCCAAAUCGAAGGCCGCUGCCCCGAAGGCGAAGGCCAAGGCAAAGGCAAAGGCAAAGGCCAAAGCCAAGGCAAAAGCCGAAGGCAACGGACAAGUCGUACUUAUGAAGGCCACGCCAAAAGUCAAGGCCAAGUCGAAGGCAUUGAUGGAUGGAAGUCAAAGUGGCGCCCUGGUCAAAUGCGAACCACUCGAUGAGCCUGAGGACGGCAGCAAGCUGCCGGGGCGCAGUGUCGGUGAGCCGAACCUUCCUCGGAAGCAGAUGUGCGCUUCCACGGUGAGCUUUGGGCCAGCCAAAGGCUGGCGAGUCAUUGCAUGGCUGAAGACGGUGAAUACCGUCAAAGAAAGGGCGCACGAUUCGGUCAUUUGCUGGAAGUUUCUGUCUCCACAACGCACCAGGGCCUUCAACUCCUUUCAGUAUCUGAAGAAGGGGGUUGGAGAAGGUGUGUACACGCAGAUCUUCACCGCUGUGCGACCUGGACUCUUGGGACAGAUCCGAGAAAAGCGACACAGGCUCGAGGGCAGCACUUCGCCGCCGCCAGCGCCGAAGAAGAGGGCACGGCCGGCGAACACCUGUCGGCUACCUCCCCCGGAGCCUCUGCCUGCGCCUCGCAAAGCGCUUUCGGCGGCCUCGGCGACGCCGCGCAAGGGCGCGCAGUUCCCCGCCACAAGACAGUCAUAUCUGGCGGCCACACAGUUCUUCGAUCCGGCGGACACCGCCAACGCAGAGGAAGGCAGCUGUUUGUGGAAGAACGGCUGCAUGGCCCGCAUGAGGAGGCACGAGCGCUGCAUCUACGGCGGACGCAUGCAGCCCUCGGUGAUCUCCCUGGUGGAUCGCGUGUUGAUCGGCCGGGGCGAAGCCUGUGAUGUCAUCCUAGACUCAUCGCUGACUCCACAGAUGAUCUCGCGAUCACAUGCCGUGGUGACCGUGGAGGAUGAGAGUUGCAUGAUCGAAGACCAGGGCUCUCUCAACGGCGUGCACAUCAACGGUACCCGCAUCAGUUCGAAGCAGGCUCUGAAGCAUGGCGACGUCGUCACCUUCGGGGUGCCUUCGCCACAGCCGGAGUUCGACUAUAUCUUCGAGAUGCGCAGCUGA